UCUUCUUCGGCUCCCUCCAAUGAGUCCUAGCGGCGAAGCUGUCUGUAAUGAUCCGAAAGAGACCAAAUGACAGGAGCACCAACCGCCAGCAACGGUCAAGCCUCUGGCAAAAAUGCACCAACCUCCGAGCUCUCAAGCAAGUCCACGCUUCCAUGGUGGUCAACGGCUUCAAUUCGAACUAUUCUGCUAUACGUGAACUCAUAUUCUGCGGCGCCAUGGCUAUUUCGGGCACAAUUGAUUAUGCCCACCAGGUGUUCGAUCAUGUGUCAGAACCAGACAACUUCUUGUGGAACACCAUGAUCAGAGGCUCAGCUCAGAGCCAAUGCCCUUUAAAUGCGGUUUUACUGUAUACCCGGAUGGAAAAUCGGCACGCGAGGCCUGAUGGUUUCACUUUCCCGUUUGUACUCAAGGCCUGCACUAAGCUUUCUUGGGUUAAGAUGGGAAUGGGGAUUCAUGGGAAGGUUGUGAGGUUCGGGUUCGAGUCAAAUACGUUUGUGAGGAAUACCCUUAUUUAUUUUCAUGCUAAUUGUGGGGAUUUGAGGAUUGCGAGCGCGCUUUUUGAUGACUCGGCGAAAAGGGAUGUUGUGCCGUGGUCAGCUUUGACAGCAGGAUAUGCAAGAAGAGGGAAGCUGGAUGUGGCUAGGCGGCUUUUCGAUGAAAUGCCUUUUAAGGAUUUGGUUUCUUGGAAUGUUAUGAUUACGGGGUAUGCAAAGCAAGGGGAGAUGGAGAGUGCAAGGAAGCUCUUUGAUGAGGUUCCGAAAAGAGAUGUGGUGACUUGGAAUGCAAUGAUUGCGGGUUAUGUACUUUGUGGAUCGAAUGAGCAGGCAUUGCAGAUGUUUGAGGAGAUGAGAAGUCUGGGAGAAAAGCCUGAUGAAGUGACAAUGUUGAGUCUUUUGUCUGCAUGCGCGGAUAUUGGAGAUUUGGACGUAGGGCAAAAGAUACAUUCCGCUCUUUUGGAGAUGGGUUCGGGAGAUAUGAGCAUCAUACUUGGAAAUGCGGUUAUAGAUAUGUAUUCUAAGUGUGGGAGUAUCGAAAGGGCACUUGAGGUGUUCCGGAGGAUGAGGGACAAGGAUGUGUCGUCGUGGAAUUCGGUGAUAGGAGGGUUGGCAUUCCACGGCCACUCUGAGGAAUCGGUUAAUCUGUUCAAAGAGAUGCGAAGGCUGAAAGUCAGGCCUAACGAGAUCACGUUUGUUGGAGUCUUGGUUGCUUGCAGUCAUGCCGGGAAAGUAGAAGAGGGGCGCGGAUAUUUCAAUCUCAUGAGGAUUGUUUACAGAAUCGAGCCAAACAUAAAGCAUUACGGGUGUAUGGUGGAUUUGUUAGGGCGUGCCGGGAUAUUAAACGAAGCCUUUGAGUUCAUAGAGAAAAUGGAGAUUGCUCCCAAUGCCAUUGUUUGGAGGACUUUGCUUGGGGCUUGCAGAGUUCAUGGAAAUGUUGAGCUGGGAAGGCGUGCAAAUGAGCGGCUUCUUGAAAUGAGAAGGGACGAGAGUGGGGAUUUCGUGCUACUGUCGAACAUAUAUGCUUCACGAGGUGAGUGGCAAGGGGUUGAAGAGGUGAGAAAGCUCAUGGAUGACAGUGGGGUGAAGAAGGAGGCUGGCUGUAGCUUAGUUGAAGCAGAUAACAGCUCUCUCAUGCAUUUUUUGUUCGACUCCAAACCUAAGUCCCGUUAGAAACACCGGGGAUUCAAUGUUAAUGCAAUAGGUUUUAACACAAACCCUAGGGGGUUGUUUUGAUUAGGCUUAAUUCAAUUUUUGCAAAAUUUAAUUAUUAGUCACGUUGAUCAAGCA